AUGAGAUUCGAUGUUAUUAAUCAAUUUGGAUGGUACAACUUAUUGGAAGGAAUAGUUACGCAUACAGCUGUAAUUUUAUAACGUGUACCACGAUAAAGAAAUGGAUCAGCCGCAAUUUGAGACAAGCUUGCAUCAGACAAUUAUGAAUUCAUAUACCUGUUCUAAAGUAUUACAUAGAUUGAAACUAUAUCAAUUGCGCAAUAUACAAAGCAUUAACGUUGUAUUGACGACAAAUGAUUUACAAUAGAAACACAUUGAGAAUAUUUGUCAUCAAAAUUUAUAAUAAUGGGAAACGAAAGCAGAAGAUAGCUGUCACUUCAAUGUAGAUAGAAUAUAUCAGUGCAGCUGUUUAAAAAAAUAAGUAAACGCAAAUAAAAGAUGAUCAAGAGAUUUAGAAAGAGAACUUUAAAUGAAAUCCUUUUUUUUUUCUUUUUUUUUUUCUCUCUCAAAAAAUAUAACAUCUGCAAUAGCAUCUUUGUAAAAUUGACCGAUACUGUGGUCGGUGGUAUAACUGGUCUCUAUGCUACAUGAUGCAAUAACUCGAUAAUAUGAAUAUACCCUUACUAUCUUAAGAUAUAUGAUACCAAGUUUUCGGGUAAAAAAUAUAUGAACUAUGUUAGACAGGUUUGCAAGAGCUCCCGUAUAAAUAGACUGUCAGCUUUACAAUAUGCAUUCAAUUCCUCUCUUGUUCUUGAAGAGUAAGGAGCUGUACUUACCUAUCGACAUCAUGUUUAGGUUCUUGGUAAUCUGUGGAUGCCUGAUGGCCGUCGCCAGGGCUGGAGUUAUCGGGGGCGGUUUGCUAGCAGCUACCGCACCUGCAGCACUCGCUGUCCAACCAGCUGCAGCUUUAUCUCUACCGGUGUCCACUGCUGCGGUCGUACCAACAAUUGCGACCUCCUCUUCCAAUAUUAUUCGGGGUAUCGGUAAUUUAGCUGCUAUCUCGGCGUACUCGAAGAGCGUCGAUACGCCGUUCAGUAGCGUCAGGAAAGCGGACGUCCGCGUUAACAAUCCUGGAAUCGUGACGGCUGCUGUCGCGCCCGCGCCCGCGCUCGCAGUAACAAAUACUGCUCUUGCAGCACCUCUUACUACUGCCGCUAUUGCCGCACCCGGUCUAUUAGCUCCUGGAUUGACAACUGCUCUUGCUGGACCAGCCUUAGCUGCCGGUCUAGGCGCACCUCUUGGUCUCAACGGUUUGGGUCUUAAUGGAUUGGGAGCAGUCAAGGUUCUCUAAAGAUAUCGGCACAACAACCUUAAACUGGUCGACCUUCGAUAUCGAUCGCAUUAACAACUUAAUACAUAUACGUACGUGUCACAGAAUGUAACGCUCCAACGAGAAAUAAAUAAAAAAAAAGGUUGAGAUGUCAA